UUUUUUACAACUCCAAGUAAGUUCCCUCCCCUUCCUCCAACCACUCACUCUACAGCCACAGUAACCCCAAUGAUAAACCAAAUAGAGCCUGACCUGACUGGGCUAGGCCAAGUCGUAGCCUGGGUAGUUGAGAUGCAUGUAACCGAGAUUGAUGAAGAACCUACAGAGCCACUUUUUGCAGUGAAUCAGAAUUAUCCUCAACAAGUAGUGAUGGAUCAAGUGUAUCCUUCGAUUAUGGAUCAGUUUUGCUUAUGACAGGAGCCUAAUGUAGAAAAAGAAAAUACUUCACUUCCAUCUCUGAAUGAUAUCAACUUACUUUUGAACAAUAGUACCGAUCGUGAUCAGGUGUUCAAUCAUGCCGACUCUCUGAAUCUUCCGGAAGAGCCUCUUAAGAAAUUAAACCAAGAUAAGCUAGUGUCUUUUCCAAAACAGUUUUUGAGAAGUGAUAAACCUUCUGAGAGUGAAGGAAUCGUUCAUGAUAAAGAAGACAACCCUAUGUAUUCUGUCAGAAAACUAAAGAAAGUUAUUCAAAAGACUCAGGCUCAGUACCACUACACCUGCUUAAUGGGCACUUGUAAAAGAAAAUUUAACAAGUUUGAUGACUUAAAGACUCAUCUUGUACUUCAUAACAAGUUUAAACCAUUUAAAUGCCCAAACUGCCCUAAACGCUACACUCAGAAAGGAAAUAUGACUAAGCACAUGAGAAGCCAUUUUACUCCAAAUAUUGAGAAUAGAAGAAGGUUCGUCUGUGAAUUCUGUCACAAAGGAUACACUGAGAAGUACAACCUAAAGACUCACCAGAAAAAGUUCCACCUCAGGGAGUAGAGGCAGAGACGUAGUCUCAAAGGAUUAGGAGCAUAAUAAUUCUUUAUAAGUGUU